AUGCUGGACAUUUUCGGGGGGGUGAAGAGUCUGUUCAAAGGUCAAACGCACCUACACGACUCCUCCAUCUUCCGCCUGCACUACCGGGUCACCUCCCCCGUCCUGGUCGCCUUCUUCCUGAUGCUUGCAGCCAAGCAGUUCGUUGGUGCUCCGAUAGAGUGCGUGCAUGGACUGGAUGUCCCUCCGCAGGUGAUCAACACAUGGUGCUGGAUACAUUCGACCUACACGGUUCCAGCGGCGUUCACGAAGCAGAUCGGCGUCGAGGUGCCUUACCCAGGCGUGGAUAACACCAGAGGCGCCGGACCGGCUGACCGCAAGGUGUACCGCUUCUACCAGUGGGUCGCGUUCUGUCUGUUCUUUCAGAUCCGACGCACGCACAUCGACAGCACCGUCUUCCGUCUGCACUACCGCGUCACGACGUCUGCACUCAUCGCCUGCUGUCUGAUGCUCGCCGCCAAACAGUUCGUCGGCAACCCGAUAGAGUGCGUGCAUGGCAAGGACAUUCCCGCCGAGGUCAUUGACACCUGGUGCUGGAUUCAUUCAACCUACACCGUCCAGGCUGCGUUUACAAGGAAGGUGGGCGUAGAUGUCCCCUAUCCGGGCGUGGAUAACACCAGGGGCGGAAACCCGGCGGACCGUCGCGUCUACAGGUUCUAUCAGUGGGUGGCGUUUUGUCUGUUCUUUCAGGCGAUCCUGUUCUACACACCACGAUGGCUGUGGAAGCACUGGGAAGGCGGGAAAAUCCACGCACUCAUGAUGGACCUGGACAUUGGCAUCUGCUCCGAGGUAGAGAAGAAGCAGAAGAAGAAACUGCUGCUCGACUAUCUGUGGGAGAACCUGCGCUAUCACAACUGGUGGUGCUAUCGUUACUAUCUAUGCGAGCUGCUAUCGUUCGGCAAUGUGAUUGGGCAAAUGUUCCUGAUGAACCGGUUCUUCGACGGGGCGUUCCUGACGUUCGGAAUCGACGUGGUGACGUUCAUGGAGUCAGACCAAGAGGAGCGCAUCGACCCCAUGAUCUUCAUCUUCCCGCGCAUGACCAAGUGCACUUUCUACAAAUAUGGCGUCUCCGGGGAAGUGGAGCGUCACGACGCCGUCUGCAUUCUCCCGCUCAACGUCGUCAACGAGAAGAUCUACAUCUUCCUAUGGUUCUGGUUCCUCAUACUUGGCGUCCUCACGCUCGGCGUCGUCUUGUAUAGGAUAGUAAUAAUCCUGUCGCCGCGCAUGCGCGUCUACCUGCUUCGUAUCCGGUUCCGACUGAUCCGUCGGGACGCGAUCGACGCGAUAGUGCGUCGCAGCAAGAUGGGCGACUGGUUCCUGUUCUACAUGCUGGGCGAGAACAUAGACGCCAUCAUCUUCCGUGACGUCAUGCACGAACUGGCAGCACGGCUCGGCCACCACAAGACCGACAUGCAGGACGCGUAACAUUCACUUGCGCCUUCCCGCCACGCAGCGAGACGAUGCCGCACCCUGGAACCGCGCGGGUCGUCGCCGCUCGCGGAUUGGAAGGCCGCGCUGACAAAGGACUACAGCCGGAGCGAGGAGAGCUUCCCAUUGGUCGAGGACAGCCGCCGCCAUCGCAUCUUCAUCGUAUGACAGCGACCAAUCGGGGCCCACUAGGCCCCGCCCACCGUCGACUCGCUCACCGUCUCAGCCAAUCAACGGCCUCGUUCGCGUUAUCGCUGCAGCAGCCGCGUACAGACUGCGAUUUGAGUUGCAGGCUGGAUUGCAAACGGGUGGAGGCUACAAUCUGAGUUGCAGAUGUUGAAAAUUGAGUUGUAGGCUAGAUUACAACUCAGUAGAGACUGGAAUCUGGUUGUAAAGCUUUCAAUUCGAGCUGGAGAUGGAUGACAACUAAAAAGAGAAUGUAAUGUGAGUUUCAAAUUGAAUGAAAGAUAUUGCAAUUUUAAUUGCAAUAUUAAAAGUUGGGAAUGUUCAAGAUUGGAUUUCAAUCGAAAAUGUCCAUAGUAAGGUUGUGAAUCAAUUGCAAUCAGAUAAUGGUUUCAACAUGGAUUGUAAACUCUGUUGCAACCAAGGAUGGUAUGCUAUUGAGACACAAUAUUGCCUUAAGAUAGUGGUUGCAAUCUUAAUAAUAUUCUUAAAGGGCUACAAUCUAGAUUGAGAUAUUAUGACUCAAUUGCAACUUUGGGUAGACACUGUUUUUUCUGAGUUGGGGACUAGAUAACAACUUGAUUGAGAGACGAUUUUUGACUGAGAUAUAGACUAGAUUUAGAUUAGAAGAGUGAGAAAUAAUACAGAAUAAAUUGAAUUCGAGUGAAAAAGUCUAGUAGUCUAAAGUAUAGGCUGGAUUACAAGGGGAUUACAAGAACAGGCUCAAUUUCAACUGUGGGAAGACUGGAAGAAUAAAUUGAAAAUGUUACAAACUGGAUAGUAAAAUCUGAAAACUGAGUUGAAAACUUUGCAGAUUGGGUUGCAAUUGAGGGGAAAAUAAAUUGCAACAAGGGAGCGAUUAGAAUUUUGGUUGUUGAAGUUGCAACAAGAAUGGUAACUGAGAAUAGACUAUGUUGACAUGAGAUAGUGAUAUGAGUUAGGUGUUAUUGGUGACUGAAUUAUGAUAAUUUGGAAACCAUGAAAAAAUGCUGGUCAAUAAUAAGAGGAUGGGUGAUUUAAGAGGGAGAGAGUUAAUUGGAGACAACUGAGUUGCAACCUAGAAAGUCCGUCAUGGUACAAUCCAGGUUGCUAACGUGGUGACUGACUCGCGAUUGUAUUACAACGCAUGCAAUUAGAUUUGUUGUCGAGGUAGGAGUUGUGGAGAUUGUUCAGUACUGAGGAGCGAUUUGUUUGCAUCCAGAAGCAGCAAUUUGGCAACGUUGUGACAAGAUUGCAACCGCAACUAGAGUUGCAAACGAUGGCGAUCGAUAAGCAACUGUAUCGCAACCAGGAAACGUGAUUAUGGCAGAGACGCGACUUGAUCGCGAUCGAUUUCAAACCGAACGCAACUGGAACGCAACUGGUUUGCAACCACCGAGCGACUGAAACGCAACUGGUUUGCAACCACCAAGCGACUGAAACACGAUCGUGACUGUUCUCCUCAAACUGCCGGCCAUUAUAACAAACACACACAUACAUACACACUAAAUUUAAGUCUACCUUCAUCUUCUAUUAUAAAUUAAUUAAUAUAAUUAGUGAUAAAAGUUAUAAAAAUUAGUCGAAAUCUAGUCAAGCAAUAAAUUAAUUAUAAUUUCGUUAUUAUCGUCAUCUCACAGAUCCGCUAGUGUUAAUUUUCAUAGAAGAUAAAUCCUAAAGAUCGAUUAUCGAUGCUUGUAUCAAUCGAGAGUCGAUAAUCGAUAAUAUAGAUUAUUGAUACUUCUAUCAAUAGGGUUGAUAAUCGUUAUCAUGGAUUAUUGAUGCUUUUAUCAAUCAAGAGUCGAUAAUCGAUAAUAUAGAUUAUCGAUAAUUGUGUCAAUCGAGAUUCAAUAAUCGAUAAUAUGGAUUAUCGAUACUUGUAUCAAUCGAGAGUCAAUAAUCAAUAAUAUGGAUCAUCGAUGCUUGCAUGAAUCGAUAAUAUGGAUUAUCGAUGCUUGUAUCAAUCGAGAGUCGAUAAUAUGGAUUAUCAAUGCUUGUAUUUAUUGAGAGUCUAUAUUCGUACAAAUCGAUAAUCGUACUAAACGAGAAUCGAUAAUUGGUAAAUAGAUUUUCAUUAGGGGUAAAUCGAAUUAUUGUUUCAUUAAUCGAAAUGAAAAUCACACACUGCCAUACGGAUUUGAUUAUUUGGGGUGUAAAUUGGAUGAAGUCCUGGAAUGAGAUAAUAAUAUCAUUGGUUGAGCUCAUAAUUCGUGGGGAUCGAUAAUUUCCAAUAAAUCGACAGAUAAAGAUAAAGUCUCUCAGUGCUAUCAAGUUUUCAAUUGUUUCCUAUCAAUGUGAAUUCUUUUCCUUAAAGUGGGUAUAUAUUUAUUAGGCUACAAAUCUUUGUAAUUGUGAUUGUAUUUACAUCACCUUACAAGAACACUAACUUUAAUUCCUGCACAUUCAAUUUCAUGCGUUUUUUGAAUUUAUUAAUUUCUCGUUCCAGUAUUGAUUGAUAUUCAAUUGUUCGACAAAUUCCAAUUCUAAAAAAAUCCUCUUGUUAAUAAAAUUGAGAAUGAUUUAGCAAGAGGUAUUUUUAUUUUGACGGGAACUAACUUUAUAGACAGACGUUUAUAUCUGUAAGUAAGUUUAUAUCUUUAUUUCACUGAGUUGUGUUUUUAGGUCAAAAUAAAAAAAAAUUUGAUUUGAUUUGAUUAAUCAACGAAUUCCAAACAAUAUGUUUUUUUAAAUUCUUUGAAUAAUUCCAGGAAAGGCUGAACAGAAUAUUAGGAGGAUCUGUCUGUAAAUUACAAGCAUAAAAUAUCAAUUUGCUAAAUAAAUUGUAAAAUAAUCUAUAGGCUUGAUGUAAAUUGGCGCUUGCUUAGAAAAGAGGAAAUGUGUAAGCUACUGGAGAAAGAUUCAUAAGUUUGAUUUUCUAGAGUUGUAAUUAAUAUUUUAUUGAAUCGAAACUAGUUGUAUAAUAGAUAUUUAUGUGAUUCUAAGAUACCAUAACAAGAAGGCAUAUCAAAAGUCAUACUUUUAGAAUAAAAUGUUUGAAUUGAAUGGGAAAAUCAAUUUUUGCCCCACUAAAAAAACUAGAAUAGGUCAUGAACAAAUGAGACUACAGUAAGACUCUUCAAGUUUUUUUCAUCAUUUUAAAAAAUGUCUAUUGGAUUCAUUUGAUUUUCUUUGGUUUUAAGGAAUCGUUCACUCAUAAUUUAUGUUGAACUGGGUCACUAGGUAACUCAGGAAUUUGUAAUUUCCAAUCAUUCCAUAAUAUACAAAGCUUUCACUUCCAUUUGAAUCCAAAUAAAAGAAGAAUUCAAAUUGAAAAUGAAAAUUAACAUGGAAUAUGAAUUAAGUUCUUUGGCUGCUACCACUUUAAAUGUCUACCUUCAAAAAAAUUCAAUCCAGUGCUUUGAAACCCACUUGAAACUGCCUUGAUCACCUACAAGUGAGUUUGUAGUUGGAAGAAGAUUUAAUGUCUAAGCUAUGAUGAAAAUUCAAGAGAGUGCACUUGAAAGCACUCUGAUAAUGAUGCUAUGAUCAUGAGUACUUGAAGAAGUUUAUUUUUGUAGUUUGUGGAGAUUUGAAAUUGAAAAAAGUAGCUAUCAAAAAUGAUAUUUAAUUGCUUUACCUAUCAAAUAUUGUAUCUGUUUUCGAAACCAUAUCAAAUCUAUCUUCAAUUUUCACAUUAACAUAAGGCACUGUGUUUCCAACACAAUAUUUCAUGUAGUCUAUUUCUAUACACUGGCUGUCUCUUAGAACUCUCAUGAUCGUUUUGUUAGAGCUUUGAAAAUCAACUUUUUUUUUAAUAUAACAUUUUACUCUCGUUUGUUGAUACGCAAACGCCUAAAACGGUGAAUUGAGUUACCAGUUCAAUGUUUGAAGAUUCGGGGAUAAUCGAAGUUCAGCUAAUCGGCGUUCAGCUUAAUCGACGUUCAGCUAACCAACGUUCAUCCAGCAAAUCGACGUUCAAACUUUGUGUCAGCAAAAAGUGCCUUACGAGUGUGGAAUCAGAACAACAGUGAACUUAUGAAAAUAAAUUCUUAUCGGACAAAACAUGUGAAUGAAUAUCGAAUAUGAACUAGGAUUAUGGAAGAAAUAUCACAAUCCCAGGCAUGUAAAUUGUCUGCUGUCUAUUUUAUUGUGAUUGACAAUUAUUGAGGCGUGUGUUUAAUCUGAGAUUGAGCUGUUAUUCUAAGGAUCAAUCUUGGCUUAUUAUGAUUCUGAGUUUAAGAGGGAGGUUUAUGUUCCAUCACAUUUUAAUCCCCCGUAUCUUGUGGGUAUUGUUAUUGAUUUUCCAAUUCAUCAUAGAAACUUGACUGAUUCAAGAGAAACCUAGUUUCUAGGAUUUUUCCUCCGUCUCCGAAAAUCUAGAAAUCUAAGAAACUUAGAGAAUCAAUAAUAAUUCACUUCUUAGAACUCAUUCCAAUAUUUGAUUCAAUCAAAAUGCUUGACAGCGAUACUCUGAGUGGCUUGAAGAACUUCCAUUUUUUAAUGAUUUGACAGAGAUGAGAAUAACAUCGACCUCAAGGUGACAGAUAAUAUCUAAGAAUGUUCCUAAGAAUAACAGCUAUUCAACCAAUCACAAACGCCUCAUUCUAUAUAAUGUAUGACUAACUCAUAAAAUGAUUAUUGUAUAAUCAUCUAUGGUAAUUCUGAUUAGAAUAAUUAAUACAGAUUCGCUAACAAUCACUCUGAUGAUUUUGAUCAUCCAAUUUAUUUGAUUGGCACACCAAAGCAAUAAUAAGAAAUCCAUAUCUCAUAAUCAAUGAAUCUAUCUGAUAUUGAUUAUUUUUCAUCCAUUAUAAAAGAGUUAUCAACUUCAUUGACGAAUAUUCAACACUGAUACAGACAUACUCAAACAGAGAGGACGUGUAUGACACAGAUUAAAUCUAAAAAUGAACGGACAAUUUUUUACAAAUUGGACUCCUAGUGUAAUUAUAAUAAUUGUAAUCUAUAAAUUACUCCUAUCGCAGUAAUUUAUUCGUCGAUUUUAUUGAUUCAAAAAAUCCUAAUAUCGAGUAGUACAAUCACAAUAUUGUUUUUGUUAGCGAUCGAUUAUUAAUUCAAUUGUUCCAGUAGGAUAUCAAAUGAUUUUGCUAAGAUAAUAUGGGAAUUAUCUCUCGUAUAAGGAUGCUAGCCUAUUUUGGAAUGUCUUUGUCAUGUAAUUAUCAUAAUUAAUUGGAGUAUUAAUGAUUAAACUCAAAUCUGCGAAUAUGAUAGACAGGAGAAGGUAAUGUAAAGUCGGACUUAAUUAUUGAAAGAAGUAUCAAUUAUUAAUUUUUUUUUUUGAUUUACCUUACUCAACAAAUCAUUAAAGAUUCUUUAGUUUUUGUU